GGCCUGAGUCCCGGGCCCGGGAUGCUCUGCUCGGCCAUGGGGCCGCGGGGCUUCCCGCUGCUCCUGCUGGUGCUGCUGAGCUGCUGCGCUUCUGCGAGCACCCAGGCCGUGGCUACCCCAGCUGUGGCCACCCCGGCUGCGGCUACCCCGGCCGUGGCCACUCCGGCUGCGGCUACCCCAGCUGUGGCCACCCCGGCUGCAGCUACCCCGGCUGUGGGCACCCCGGCUGCAGCUACCCCGGCUGUGGGCACUCCGACCAUGACGAAGGAGGACCUCAACUCCACCGAGGCCACCCCAGCCACUCUCAAGCCCUCCUCGUCGCCUAGGACCCCGGGGACUCCCAGGGCUCCGGAGCUCUCUGGCCCCAGGCCCACCCCGGUGACAGAUGUUGCUGCUCUGUGUGUCUGUGACCUGCUUCCAGCACAGUGCGAUGUCAACUGCUGUUGUGACCCUGACUGCAGCACCAUGGAUUUCAGCGUCUUCUCUGCCUGCUCAGUCCCAGUUGUCACGGGUGAUGGGCAGUUCUGUAGUCAGAAGGCAGCCGUCUACUCAAUGAACUUGACGGCAGACCCUCCUCACCGCGUCUUUAGACUCACUGAGCAGAUCAACCCCUCCGUCUUCUGCGUCCAUAUUUCAAACUACAAGCCUGCACUGUCCUUUGCUAAUCCGGAAGUGCCCAACGAGAACAAUUUCGACAGACUGAUGCAAGCAUCAGGUGGUUUUACACUGAGUGCCGAGUCAGAUGUUCCUUCCACGGCCCCAUCAGAUGCCCCACAGCCCACUAAGUACGAGUACGGAGUUCCUCUGCAGACUGCAGGCGCGUCUUCAGGUUCGUUUCUCAGACUGCCCUCGCCUCUGACGUCAUCUCUGUGCACAGAUCAGAACCCCGCUGCAUUCCUGGUGAGCCAGGCCUUCGAAUGCAGCCGAAGGGUGGACAUAGAAGAGUGUGAAGGAAUGGAGGCUCUCAGCAUGGCUCAUUACAGCAGCCCUGCCAUUCUGAGGGUGCCCAAUUCAACAACACAGGUCUCCAUCAAGAUCCAAUCUGUCAUGUAUCGGUCUCUCAAUCACACGCUGACCCGGUUAGAAGGCCAUGGCGUCUUACGGCCGUCUCUGGUCAGCACUGGGCAAGACAGACUCUGCAGCAACGUUGUUCUCGAGGUGAAGUACAGCCUGCUGUACACAGCCACAGGCCAGAUCCGGGAAGCCAGCCUCUCCCUCGUUCUGGGGACAUUCAGCAGCACAGUGACUCUCCUGCAGCAGAAGUUUGAGAUUCACUUUAUUCAGCACGGCAGCAAGCCUGUUCCUCGCAGUGGCAACCCUGGUUACAGAGUGGGACUCCCGCUGGCCGCUGGCUUUCAGCCUCAGAAGGGCCUGUGAAUGUCUGGGAUUAUUCAGACAACGAACAGACAAGGCCAAUUUACUAUUCUACGUAGCACAGGCGCGCAGGACUGUCUUGCCAGCGAGGGGCUCCGGGACCCCGUGCUGUUUGGCUACAACGUGCAGUCUGGCUGUCAGCUCAGACUGACAGGUGCCAUCCCCUGUGGGCUCCUGGCACAGAAGAUUCAGGGCCUGCUGAGAGGCCAGGCCUUCCCCGACUAUGUGGCUGCGUUUGGGAAUUCCCGGGCCCAGGACGUGCAGGACUGGGUGCCUGUGCGUUAUGUCACCCACUCCUCUAACGUGAAGGGCCCGUGCCAGCUCCCCGUGGCUUUGGGGAUAGAAGUGAAAUGGACUAAGUAUGGGUCCCUGCUGAACCCCCAAGCCAGGAUAGUGAACGUCACUGCCCAGCUCUUCUCCAUUCCAGAGCCCCUCCCAGGGCCCGAGAGGACGGUUGUCAUCUCCACCACAGUGACGUUUGUGGAUGUGUCAGCCCCUGCGGAGGCAGGCUUCCGAGCCCCACCCACCAUCAACGCCAGGCUGCCCUUCAGCUUCUUCUUCCCAUUUGUGUGAUGCAGGAGGCCCCUGCAGGAGAGGAGGGCGUGGACAGGUGGCGCCGGGUCAGACCGAAGAGGCAGCGGAGCUGACAGAGCUG